CAGAAUUUUCUGGUUAUCACAGUAAAAUUGAUUAAACACGUAAUAAAAAGGAUUUAUUAAAUCAUUAGUAAGCGCUUAAAAAGGAAUAGAUAAUCACUAUCAUUACUACCUUUGAUUAGAUAUGUAAAAAUGAAUUAUACUAUGAUAUAAUUUAUAUUGAACUUUAACAAGUUUAAAGUAUCAUAGGUCUGUAAAUUCUCAAAAUUAAAUAUAUCUAGUCAAAUAAUGUAUUCUGUGGCAAAUAUUUGAUUCUUUCACGUUGUUUCAACUACAGGGUUACCCACAAAGGAUAAGACUUAAAGACGACCUGAAUCGCUUGAAAUAUGAAGAUUCCAAAAAUACAGAAACCCCUCGAAAAUUUUACAGAAAAGUCUCCAAAAAAGUAAAAACCUCAACUAAAUAGAGUUUUAAAAGUACGGAAACCCCUCAAAAAUUUUGCGUAAACGCCUUAAAGAAAAAGAGCUAACACCUCAACUAAAUAGAGUUUAAAAAUAUAUAGAAACGCCUAAAAUAUUUUGCGGAAACACCUCAAAAAUAUUGUGAAAUCCCUAAAAAAUACUGGGAAAUCCCUUAAAAAUAUUUGUCGGCUAAAAAUAUUUUAGGAAAUGCCUCAAAAUAAAGAGGGCACCCCACAAAAACUGGGUUUUGAGGGAUUUCCAUAUUUCUCACAGAAAUCGCGGAAACAACUCCAAAAAACUUCUUUUGAGGGGUUUACGCUUUGUAAGAAUUCUUCACCGACAGGAAUUAAUGCAGUAAUAAUCUGUGUUUGUCUAUUUGUUCAUAUGUCCAAUUAUCUACUUACAUAAAAUAGUAAUAUCUGUUUGUUUGUUUGUAUGUUCGAUCAGAACCCAUAAAAUUCUUGACCGAUUUGCCUCAAGUUUUGAUUCGGGAACUUGUUAGAGCUACGAAAAUGUUCUCAGUGUAUAGGAAAACUUAGAUUUCUGAGAAAUGCUGGGUUCCUAAGCUAGUAAUUCAUGAUCUUCUUUAAAAAACUUUGAUGGCCCAAUACAAUUCUCAUUUAAAUAAUUUUUAUCAAGUCUCAAUUACAAAUUCUUAACAUUGUAGAAAAUUGGGUGUUUUUAUUUGUUUUGAAACCUUAAAUAAUAUUCUCCAACUUCAUUGAGAAUUUUCACAAGUUUUAUCCCCAUUACAACUAAUUACAAUAUUCCAGAGAAUAUGGCCGAAAACCAGAGAAAGAAAAUAAAAAUGGAAAAUAUUGAUAUCAUAGAUGCAAUCCUUCUUCCCUCUACUCUAGAGGAAACAUGUGCUGUUUAUAUAAAGGAAGAAGAUGUAAAGGUUGAGAUAAGUGAACCAUAUCAAGAGGACACAUGUACUGUAUAUGUAAAAGAAGAAGAAAUCAAGGAGGAAGAGAUUAAAGAAGAAAAUAUUUGUAUCAAGGAUGAAGUACCCUCCCCUUCUACUGAAGAGGAUACAUGUACUGUAUAUGUAAAGGAAGAAGAUGUUAAGAUGGAAAAUACUGAGAUUACAGAUGAAAUAGUUCUCAAUGAAGAGGAUCCUCUGCUGGUUGGAUCAAAGAUAACCAAGAAGAGGAAACUAGAAGGAGUAAUAUAUUCUUGUGAUAAAUGCGACUAUACUGCAACUUGCAGAGGGACUUUAAGCGUAAUAAUGCAAAGAUGGCAAGAAGACAGGUGGAAAGUAAACAUGAUGGAGUAAGAUAUCCCUGUAAUAAUUGUAGAAUGCUGCAUCUUCUACCAGUAUUCUGAAAAGGCAUAUGAAGAGUAUACAGGGUGUCAAAAAAAACGGGGAAUAAGGGUCAACAGACUCGUUUGAAAUCGGAUUUUAAAGAUUGAGACCAUUUUUAAAAUCUAUUUACAAUAUUUCCGAUUCAAAAAGCCCUAUUUAAGGCUUGUAGACCUAAACAAAUUGUAUAGGCUCCAAAAGUUUCCAACUGGAGUGAGUAAAUUUGGUUCAAAUAAAGAUAAUCUCCAUUUGCACAUACGGGUCUAUGCAGACUUGUUUGUAAUCGGAUUUUCAAAUUGUAAACCAUUUUUGAUAUCUACACACAAUGUUUGAUUCAAUGAGCUCAAUUAAUUGUACUGUAAUAAACUGUAACCUUACAUUAAAUAUAAAAUAGUGCAAACUGAGAUUAUCUUUUACUUUUUACUUCGCUCCAGUUGGAAACUUGAGGAGCUUAUAAAAUUGUUGUUUGUAUGUCUACAAGCCUAAAAUUGGACUCAAUGAUUUGGGUAUUGUACGUAGAUAUCAAAAAUGAUCUCAAUCUUGAAAAUCCCGUUUACAAGCAAGUCUGUAGACCCUUAUACAAAAUUGUGCAAACGGAGAUUAUCUUUUUUUUUACCAAAUUUACUCACUCCGAUUGAAAACUUUAGUAGCCUAAUAUUUAAGAUGCUGGUAAUAAGGCAUAAAGAAAUAAUCGAUAAUCAAUCAAUCAAUCAAUCAAUUUAGUAGCCUAUAAAACUGUUGCUUUUAGAUCUACAAACUCAAAAUUGAGCUUUUUGAAUUGGAAAUUGUAAAUAGAUUUUAAAAUGGGCUCAAUCCUUAAAAUACGAUUAUAAACGAGUCUUAUUUUCCAAAAUGGGCUCAAUCCUUAAAAUACGAGUACAAACGACCUUUAUUUCCCGAUUUUUCGAGACACUCUGUAGCUUAAAAAGAUUAACGAACUGAAAUAGUCUUGUAAUAAAUGUGAGUUUACUUUGAUAACAGUAACAAACAAUCUUAGAAAAUACACAUUGAAAGUAAACACGAAGAAGUGAAACAUUCUUGCAAUAAUUGUAAAUACGUUGAAAUUUCAAUAAAAAGACUUAGGAUACUUAUUAGGAGUAAACAUAUAGGAGUAAGUUUCACAUCAAAAUUUGACGAUUUGUCUACCUCAUUAUGUCUUUUUGGGGACAAACAAACCUAUCUUAUGAAAAAAAGUGUUUUCGUCAAAGUCAUAAUCUUCUGAAAUAAUAUAUCAAUAAUAAUAACUAAUGAAAUUUUUCA